CUAAACGCAGGGAGGUGGAGAAGAAGCAGAAGAAGCUCCAUCAAGCGGGCGACCGGGCGCUGAGCAACAUGCGACGUCGGGCUUACGACUCCUUCCUGGUGACCUCGGGGGCCAAGGAGCACGACCUCCUAUCCAAAGACGAGCUCAACUUCCUCCAAGCUGCCGAGAUCGGUGAUCUCCCCACCGUGAAGCAGAUGCUAGAGAGCGACGACCUCGCUCCCAAGCUGCUGAGAUGCACGGAUUACAAGGAUAGAACAGCUCUUGAGGUCUCAACGGAGAACGAACAUCUGGAGAUCGUCGAGUUCCUCGUCCAGAAGGGAGGUCGUAAGCUCGACAUCCAAGCCAUCCAAGAGUCUCUCAUGCUCGCCAUCAGCAAGGGCUAUCUACGUAUCACCCAAGCCCUGCUCAACCACCCCGUCCACCAACAAAGCAAGGAUAAGUUCCGACUAGGCAGCCUGACCAACUAUUACCAAAGAAAGAAUAACAGCAAGUUUGCACAGGACGUGACUCCUCUGAUGCUAGCGGCUCACUGCAACGAAAUCGACAUCAUCCGGUUACUCCUCAACCGCGGUGACACCAUCAAAAAACCUCACAACUCACUUUGCCAAUGCACCUACUGCAGCAACAAGAAACAGUUCGACCCUCUGAAGCAUUCCUUAGCUGGGUUCAACACCUACCGUGCCCUGGCCAGCCCAGCGUUCAUAGCCCUCACCAGCCCCGAUCCGAUCCUCACCGCUUUCUUGCUCAGUCAGGAGCUCGGAACCAAUGCCAGGAUCGAGAAGGAAUUCAAGAAUGAAUAUCGAGACCUUGCCCGACAAUGCAAAGAGUUUGCCUCGGAUCUUCUCGAUAUGUGCCAGAAUUCCGAAGAGGUCCGAACGAUCCUGAACAACGAGGCGAACACUCUCGACGAGUCUGAACACGAGAGGGCAACCAACUGGUUAAAGUCGGAAGUCGGGGAAGAGGGAUCUUCGCGGACCCCAACCCUAUCGCGUCUAAAACUGGCGAUAAAACUCCGACAGAAACAGUUCGUAGCACACUCUCACUGCCAACACGAGCUGGCAACCCUUUGGUAUCGCAACUUUCCCAGCUGGCGAUUGAUGAGCUUGCCCAAGAAGGUCUUUGUCAAUGUGUUGAUUGUCCUGGGGCUACCGUUCUUUACCCUAUGCUACUAUCUGGCGCCUUACAGCAAGCUUGGUGAGUUCGUGAGCAGUCCUCUUGUCAAGUUCAUCCUCUACUCCGCCUCAUAUUUCGUCUUCCUCCUCGUCAUCUUCAUCGAAUCCCUCUACGCCCAAACCUACCAGAACUCGUUCCAUGAGGAGAAAGAGGGAAAACUGACAUCCCUCUUGCGAGAGCGACUGAACACCACCUCUGACACGUGUCUCUCAAUCUUUCCGGAUUUGGAAGAUGAAAACUAUGUGAUAAGGCUCCGUUUCUUCGCUCUCACGCCCCUAGAGAUCGUCAUACUGAUAUUUCUCAUGGGGUUUCUAUGGGGUGAAAUCAAGCAGCUGUGGGCCGAGGGACUUCAGGCUUACCUGGCGUCUGUAUGGAACUGGAUUGACAUCGCCAUGUUGAAUCUAUACCUAGCCUCGUGCACACUCAACAUACUCAGUGUGACCAGAGCCUCUCUGGCUAUAGACUUCUUCAUGACCAAUGUAAACGCGCCUUGUCUCUAUAAAAAUGGCAACGACCCGAUAGCCAAUAGAUACUUCUACUUCUUGCAGAGAGAACGGUCAAUGUGGCACAACGAUGAUCCCGUCUUUGUCUCCGAGGCCCUGUACGCCCUCGCCAACGUACUCAGCUUCUGUCGUCUCUCCUACAUCUUACCCGUCAGCGAGUUCCUUGGACCGCUCCAGAUCUCCCUGGGUCGGAUGCUCGGAGACAUCCUCCGUUUCGCUGUCGUCUUCAUCGUUGUCUUUCUCGCAUUCUUCUGUUCCAUGUUCAACCUCUACUAUUCCUACGAAGACUCCAAGUUUGGCAAUUUUGGUCAGGCGUUCUUAACCCUGUUCUGGGCUCUGUUUGGCCUGGGUAACCCUUCCGACCCCAGGCUUCGUCACAACAUCACCACCGGCAACGCGACCCUGGAAGCCGGUGGUAAGGGAGGGUACCUCAUCACCGAGUCGUUUGGUACCAUGCUCUACAUGAUCUACUAUGUGGUGAUGGGUUUAGUCAUGCUGAACAUGCUCAUUGCCAUGAUGAGUAACUCGUUUCAGGAGAUCAAUAGUGAGCAAGACGUGGAAUGGAAAUUUGCCCGAGCUCAGCUGUGGAUGUCGUAUUUUGAGAAGGGCGCCACCAUUCCCGUGCCUUUCAAUAUUAUCCCGUCACCUAAAUCAUUCAUCCAUCUUUAUAAGUGGGUAGCCAGGCGGGUGACGAGGUUUCGACAAGGGUCACCGUCAAGAGACAACAACCAGGUGCCACUAGGAGAAAGGAGAAAUGGUGUUUUCAACAUCCUGAAUCGACUAGAGCUGCGACGUGAAGAAAGCACGCAUGAGAGUAUUACGAAAGGCAUCAUCAAACGGUAUCUCUUCAAACUCCAGAGGGACAAAGAAAAUGACGAGGUGAACGAAGGAGAACUGGAUGAAAUCAAGAAUGACAUAUCUAGCCUUCGAUUUGAGCUUAUGGAGCAGUUACGAACCCCGAAGACUCCGGGUGCACCCAUAGCCCAACCCAACGCUCCAGCAUUCACCUUCUCUUUCCCCAGUGCGGCGGCUAGCACAACGCCUCCAAAGGAUUCCAACAUUAGCUUAGAGAUUAACGCUCUUAAGACAAAAAUAACAGAACUUACCAGGCACAUAGAGACACUUACUAACGUCACGUUAUCGCGGCAAGUUGUUGCUCAUAACAACAGUAGCAGAAGUGUGUACGAGAGGGCGGGCUUUACAGAUCUGGACAUGCAUCGCGGUAGCUCAAACAGCUUGAGGACAAUGGAGGACAGUAAGCUGGAGUACAACCUGCAAGGCAGACGUGACUCUUCUCCGAGAGUACUAGACGUUGGGGAUAUCGCCUUUAGAUACGAUGAUAGUGAGCGUCAACAGAAUGCGCUGGUCAGACACCCUGAUCGGAGUGGAAGGAGAAUGAGUGCCGAUGGUGGUGAUAUACGGCGCGAAUCAUUGCAAAGGGCGUACGAUGUGACCGACAUUAUUGGAUACGGCGAUCACGAUAAACAACAAUAUAAUAAUAAUAAUCCAAGACCAGGUUAUGGUAGCAGAGAUCACACCGCCGUAAACAGGCGACAGUCGAAACCAUCACAGGGUGGCAGGAGUGGGAUGUCUAAUGAACCUGAUAAACGGAGUAUUUCCAGGACACUCAGCCGCGGCAGCAUCCAUGUUGGUUUCGACCUCGAGACGCGUCACGAUCCCGUCUUACGUGUUGUUGAUGAAGACACGGCGAGGAUGGACUUUGAACCUGACACAUCAUCAUCGCACAACGUGCACCACAGAGCACCUGAUCUGUCAGGGACUGGCCAAUCACGUGAAUUUGAAAGUAGUGAAGGAAUGCGAGGUAGCGAAGAGGGCGGUGUUUCUUAUGAUUUUGACGAGCAUCGUGCUGACGGCGUAUUUAGGAGAGGUGUGGGGAAUGGAAACACAAGAGCACGAUACACACAAGAGGAAGACGCUCUAGGUAUGUCGAUGGGACAUUAUAACAUUGCCUUCUCUUUAGAUACCUGAAAUAAAAUUCUACUUACUUGGAAGUGUGGUGUGUGACUCUCAACCUAAGGCCUUUGAGGGACCGAAUCUUAGCCCGGCACUAGCGUCUCUUGGCAAGACGUUAAUUUUUCAUCUGUCACACCCCACCCAGAUGUAUCUGGCACUGCGGGAUAAUAAUAACUGGCAUGAUCUGCAGAAGAUGCAGCAUCGAUCCUGAUCAUGAUGUGACGUCUCUAGGUUUAAAAAAGACCCAAUUAUCAUUCUUCAAGGCUGAACAACUUUCAUGACGUUAGCAAUGUUCAUGGUAUUCAUCGUCGAUACCCAGGGAGAUGAGACUCACCUCCCUGUGCUAUAUUACCAUUUGAUUUAUACAGUAGGCUUCAUGGCACAGCCAAUUAAACGGAAACAAUCAUAUUUUGUUGGUGAAGAAAGUGAUAUUUUGCUUAAUUUAUCUAGUUAAGUCAUUAAUGAUCAUUAUGAUUCUACUUCAAAUUGUCUGUGAAUAAGGAGAGUAAUAUUCGUAACUGUAUUAUUCAUGUUGCUAUAUGACAAAGAAGAAUAUGUUAUAUUUAAUAAUCUUUUGAAUUUGAUAUGAGAUAAAAAACACUUUGGAAAAACUGGGCUAAAAAGAACUUAAAUCAGAAUCAGAAUCAUGGUGACUCUAAUAAAGAGGAAGUUAAAAGGUUUAUAUAAGAAAUCUCUUGAUAAUCGGGUUUUCUCUUCAUAAUUUGUAACGAAAAUAUCUUUUCAGAAAUUAUUUACUCAGAAAAUGUUUGUUGAAAGAAAGAAACGAAAUGAAAUGUAAUUUGAAAUAAUCGUACUUUGGACAAAAUGGCGGGAAAUGACCUGUCUAUAAAACUUGUACUGUGCAUCGAUUGUGUUCGUCUGUAUCGGGACUCAUCCCCAGGUCUACUUAGAUUUCGUUUGGAAUUGGGCGUGCGGCUGCAUGAAGCCUCCAAACUGAAACUUAUUUUUAAAGGGUCAUUCUGGCAGUAAAAUAUACCCAUUAUUAGGGACUUCCAUUCCAAGUGCAAUUAUUUUUGGAACUAUGAUUUGUAAUUUAGCAUGAAUAUGGGUGAGGUAUUAUUCUUAAGAAAAUAGUGACCCAUGUGCAACAGGCGCGGAUCUACGGGGGGGUUUAGGGGGUUUAACCCCC